CAACGGAUGCUCGAGGGAGGGGAUGGGCGUGCAUCGCAGAUCCUAAAGAAUCCGGUGGACACAUUGACGAGAAGAAAGUGUAGCGGACACCGAUGAUAUGUCGCACACAGCACAGGUUCUUCCCUGCACAAUGCACAUGGAGAUAAUAUGCGCUCGCACGCCUCUAUGUAGCGAUUUUCGCGCACCGACGAGCGCGUCGCGCGUGGACUCACCUCAGCGACGUCUUUGCAGGCGAGGUUACGGGUGCAGUCGAGGGCGCGGCCAGCGGAUCAGUGCCAGGCUGCUGUUAGAUAAGAUGCAACACCACUUCCAACGCUCUCACAGGAGGGUGGAAGUACGGGCACUUUGGUCAGCAUUGGUUGCUUCCUUAGGCUCACACUCUGUCCCUCAAAGCGACACGACCUGCCGUCAGGAAAGAAGCGCGUUGUACGCACCCAUAGAUUAGUACAUUGCGGCACAGGCGCUGCGUCGCGUCUAUCGUAAGCUGGAUGUCGCGGGAAGGACAUUUGGGCGAGAGCGGGAGUGCAGGAACGCGUCUCGCGCGCGUUGCAGAGUUGCCUCUACUCACCCUUCUUGGGCUUGUCCGGCGUUUCGACUUUUGCAUUGUCAGGCGGCCGGACGAUCUGGAU